AUGGCCCGGCUCUUCCGGGCAUCCUGCCUUCUCUCCCUGCUCCUGGCCGGCUUCGUUCCGCUGAGCCGAGGACAGGAGAAGUCGAAGAUGGACUGCCAUGCUGGUGUGAGCAGCAGCAUCUACGAGUAUGGAGCCCUCACCAUUGACGGGGAGGAGUACAUCCCCUUUAAGCAGUACGCUGGCAAAUACAUCCUCUUUGUCAACGUGGCCAGCUACUGAGGCCUGACGGGCCAGUACAUUGAACUGAAUGCACUACAGGAAGAACUUGCACCAUUUGGUCUGGUCAUUCUGGGCUUCCCCUGCAACCAAUUCGGAAAACAGGAACCAGGAAUGAACUCGGAGAUCCUAGCCACUCUCAAGCAUGUCCGACCAGGUGGGGGCUUCGUCCCCAAUUUCCAGCUCUUUGAGAAAGGGGAUGUGAACGGGGAGAAAGAACAGAAGUUCUACACAUUCCUGAAGAACUCCUGUCCUCCUACCUCGGAGCUCCUGGGCUCACCGGGCCGCCUCUUCUGGGAUCCCAUGAAGGUUCAUGACAUCCGCUGGAACUUUGAGAAGUUCCUGGUGGGGCCAGAUGGUGCUCCCAUCAUGCGCUGGCACCACCGCACCACGGUCAACACUGUCAAGAUGGACAUCCUGACCUACAUGCGGCGCCGGGCCACCCUGGAGGCCAAGGGGAAGUAA